AACAGAUCGAUGAUCUUGGCAAGCAUCAAGUUCCGGUGAUUCGGAAGAUUGUCUGAAAACUUUGCAAAUAAUAUUCGUUUAAAUUGGAAGUGUUGUGACGUUGAAGACUCUAUAACCGGUCUGGAUAGACAGCAACUCUAAAAACAUGGCGGAAGUGGUGUUAAAUAUAGUGGAAAUGGAAUCCAAGGACGAAAAUGAUGGACCUAAAGAGGCUGUUGAAUCUGAAAUUUGCAGGAUAGAAAUUUCACCACCAAUUUUAGCAGUACCAGAUCCAACUGAAAUGAAUGGAAAAAUGGAAAUUGUAAACUACGCAGAUCUAGUUCAAAAAACAAGAGAUGCUUUUUACAGUGGAAAAACUCGUCCCUUAGAAUGGAGGAUCAAGCAGUUAAAACAAUUUUUAAGAAUGUUGGAAGAAAAAUCACCUGAAAUUCAAGCAGCACUUGCUAGUGAUUUACGAAAAAGCAAAUUUGAAAGCUACGCUCUAGAAAUAGAUUAUACUGUUAAUGAAAUAAAGGAUAUGUUAAUGAAUAUCAAGGAAUGGGCAGCUGUUGAAAAGCCUCCGAAACCAAUGGUAAACAUUUUGGAUGGCAUUGAAAUUUACAAGGACCCUUAUGGAGUUGUUCUCGUAAUUGGAGCAUGGAAUUAUCCUUUACAAUUGGCUCUUUUACCAAUGAUGGGAGCACUCGCCGCUGGAAAUUGUGUUAUUCUUAAACCUUCAGAAGUAUCUCAGGCCACAUCUAAACUUAUCGCAGAAAUGGUUCCGAAAUAUUUAGACAACGACUGCUUUCACGUUGUUUGUGGAGGCGUAUCAGAGACUACAGAACUUUUGAAACACAGGUUUGAUUAUAUUUUCUACACAGGCUCAACAUCUGUUGGAAAAAUUGUUCGAGAUGCUGCAAAUAAAUUUUUAACACCAGUGACUUUGGAACUUGGUGGCAAAAGUCCUGUUUAUGUUGACAAUACAGUUGACAUGAAUAUCACUGCCAAACGAAUUUUAUGGGGAAAAUUUAUAAACAAUGGACAAACUUGCAUUGCACCCGAUUAUAUUUUAUGCACACUUGAAGUACAAAAUCGACUUGUUAAGGAAAUAAAGCAAGUUUUAAAAGAAUGGUACAGUGAAAAUCCACAAAAUAGUCCCGAUUUGUGUCGCAUUAUUAGCGAUAAUCAUUUUCAACGUUUAUCAAAAUUCUUGACAAAUGGAACAAUUGCCAUUGGAGGAAAAACAGAUCCUUCGGAAAAAUUUAUUGAACCGACAAUUCUUAUUGAUGUUAAACCAACGGAUCCAGUAAUGCAGGAAGAAAUUUUCGGUCCAAUUUUGCCAAUUGUAAAUAUCAACAAUGCUUAUGAAGCAAUCAAAUUCAUAAACGAUCGAGAUACUCCCCUUACAAUGUAUAUAUUUACAAAGGAUAAAGGAGUAGGAGAAUUGAUAAUAAAUCAAACGAGAAGCGGUGCUGUUUGUGUCAACGAUACUGUAAUGCAAUACGCUGUUGACUCGAUUCCAUUUGGAGGGGUUGGAAAUUCUGGAAUGGGCGCUUAUCAUGGACAAUUGACAUUUGAUACAUUUGUACAUAAAAAAGGAUGUCUCGUGAAAAGUUUUAAUAAACUUGGAGAAUCUUUGGCAGCUGUUCGAUAUCCACCUUAUACGGAUAAGAAAUUAUCUGCUUUACGUCUUUUAAUGGGAAAGAGACCAGAUAUUCCUGGAAUUAAAUAUUUACCACAUCUUGUUAUGUUUGGUCUUGGUGUUGCAGUCACAUUUGCUGUCAAAGCUAUCGUCAAGGAAUAUGGCCAAGAGGUUGAGAGUCAAUAAGGAAGAGAAUCGAUAAAAAAACGUGCAUUUUUUUGAAUAUCAAAUGUGGAACAUUUUUUUUUUUUUAAAGGAAUUUUUUUUGGGAAAUUAUUU